AUGACCCCAACAACUAGCUCCGACGGCGGGCCAACCGCACCAACGCCAGUCAGAUUCGACGACGGCCACGAAAGGGCCGCAGCGUCUCCAGCGGUAGUUCAAGGCGCACAGACGGCCCACAAAAGGGGCGACGACGUCGACACGCGGAUACUCGCGACCCUCGUCGACCUCCAAGCGCGCAUGGCGCAGAUGGAGAUCUCUCAGCAGAAGCUCGACGAAGAAGAGCGGAUGAUGGGAGCGAUUGAGUCAGGAAUGUUUCACUCUGCGCUUGCCAACGGGCGCGCGGUGCUCCGUUGCAUAUCGAUGCACUCGGACAUUCACCGGUGCGUCCAAGUACUGGACAAGGCCAUGCGAGCAUGCUAA